AUGGACACCCAAUCCACCACAUGGCAGAACCAGCUUAAGAAUGUUUGUGAACUCAAUUCGAUUACACAUCCAGUAUUUCAGGAUUUCUCAGAUCGCCGUGGUGGAAGAACUGCUUGGUCAAGCACAGUGACUGUCCACGGCCAGAAAGUCCCGGCUCGAUUCUGGUAUGACGGUAAAAACAUCAACAAUGCCAGAGAAGAUGCCGCUGAAUGUGCAGUCAAGUGGCUGACUGGUUCGGAAUCCGGCUCUCCCACUCGAAGUCAGGGUUACUAG